AAAAAUAAUAAUAAUUGCGUAAUUGCACCACCACCAGCAACGUUUUUGUGGUGUCGGUGAGACCCCCCAGUUUUGCAUGCGACGAAACAAUCAGACGCCUCUCAGUUGUUCUCUCCCUCUCCCUCUCCCUAAUAUUCCUAGUUUCUUUGGAUCCCUUCGAUUUUUUAGUUCUCUCUUCUGAGAAAUAAUAAAAACUAAUUUCCCAUUCAUAUUUAUCGGAUCUGAUCUGAUCUUAAUGGCGGCUUCCAGGCGUCUUCGGGAGCUUCAAUCGCAACCAGCCAAUAAGAUCUGCGUCGACUGUUCCCAAAAGAACCCACAGUGGGCUUCUGUUUCUUACGGUGUCUUCAUGUGCUUAGAGUGCUCCGGCAAACACCGUGGCCUCGGUGUCCACAUCUCCUUCGUCCGAUCUGUCACCAUGGAUUCCUGGUCCGAGAUCCAGAUCAAGAAGAUGGAAUCCGGCGGAAAUGACAAGCUUAAUGCCUUCUUAGCUCAAUACGGUAUCCCUAAAGAAACAGAUAUCGUAGCCAAAUACGACACUUACGCCGCUAGCGUUUAUCGUGAUCGGAUCCAAGCACUAGCGGAUGGACGAUCUUGGAGGGACCCACCGAUCGUUAAAGAAACUAUUGGUAGCAAGAAAAAGCCCCCGCUGUCUCAAUCUGGUUCAGCCGGCGGUGGCAGAGAUAGUUAUUCUAGUAAUAAUGGAGGGUGGGAUAAUUGGGAUAACGAUGAUUCGCUCGGAUCUUCUUCUAGUGAUGUAAGGAGGAAUCAAUCUGUUAGCGAUUUUAGGGGGGGAAAUACUGGUGGUGGCGGUGGCCAUGCAAGGGGAGGGCCUGUGAGGUCGAGAUCCACGGAGGAUAUCUAUACGAGGUCGCAAUUGGAGGCUUCUGCGGCGAAUAAAGAAAGCUUUUUUGCUAGGAGAAUGGCAGAUAAUGAGUCGAGAUCUGACGCUAUCCCCCCUUCACAAGGUGGGAAGUAUGUGGGAUUUGGAUCUAGUCCUGCACCUACGCAAAGGAAUAAUAAUUCGCAACAGGAUGUUCUCUCUGCUGUGUCACAGGGAUUUGGUAAGUUAUCUUUGGUGGCUGCAUCUGCGGCUCAGUCAGCUGCAAAUGUUGUCCAUGCCAGCACAAAAGAAUUAACUUCCAAGGUGAAGGAAGGUGGCUAUGAUUACAAGGUGAAUGAAACUGUCAAUGUUGUUACUGCAAAAACAACGGAAAUUGGACAGAGGACAUGGGGGAUUAUGAAAGGGGUAAUGGCAAUAGCUUCGCAGAAGGUUGAGGAGUACACUAAAGAAGGCCGGAACACUGACAACUGGCAACGGAGUGAUAAUCAGAGUAAUGGAUAUUAUCAAGAGUUUAAUAAGCAGGAAAAUAAAGGAUGGAACUCUUCUUCUGGUGGACAGUACUCAAGUGGUCAUCAUAAUUCCUAUGGCUCAAGUUCUUGGGAUGACUGGGACCAGAAAGACAACAAGACUGAAGAUAGCAUAAAGUCUACUGCCUCGCAUAGCAAUGAUGGUUGGGCAGGUUGGGAUGAUGCCAAAGAUGAUGGAUAUGAUGAUAAUAUCUACCAGAGUGUUCCCAGUGCAAAAUCCGCUAGUCACAAUGGAAAGUCAGAUGCCUCAUGGACAGGGGGAGGCUUUCUUUAGGGUAGAUUCAUAUUACAUUCUCGCCAAAACCCUGGUCUUUUCUGAAAUAUUGGUUAGUUCAUGAACGGAUGCUUGGCAGGCUGCGAUGAUGACACACUAGUGUUGAUAUGAAUUUACACUAUGGCGCAGCUGAUUAGAAAACUAUCGGCCGGAUGUCUUGUAUCAUGUGGGUGGGAAAUGGUGUGUUUAGAUUGCUACAUCUUCUGCAACUUUUUUUUCCCUUUUAAUUCUUUUUUUUAUUUCAAAAAAUCUCUAUGAACGUCUCAGUUUAUGGUGUGUUUGAAAUUAGUUUAUAUAAACGAGGAGGCGCUGGUUGCCCAAAUCGAAAGAGGACUGCUCUUUCUAUGCGAGGACAUCAUCAUGUGACUUGAAAAGUCAGCAUUUCUUUGUAAUUGGGAUGCCUAAUCAAUUAUUGUUUUCUUUUUCUUUUUC